AUGUGCAAAUGGAAUGGAUGGGGAUAUGCAGAUACUUAUGUAUCCAUGUCUAGCUCCUCUAUGAUUAGACUACAUGGUAAUAGAUAUAGUUUAUGUGGUGUAGAUAUGGGCCAUUGGCAUGAAUUCAUGGAGUCGAUCCCCGGGAUCGAGUUUACGUUCACCUCCCCUGCACAAAAUAUACUCAAGAUACCCCCUAAGAAGAAUUGGUCUCAGCAAUUUAUUGAUGAAUUAAAGAAAAGG